AGAGAGUAGGGGACGCGAGCCCGGUGUCUCCCAGCCCCUCCCGUAGAUAAACCCCACGCUUCCCAUUAUUGAGGCCAACAUUGCGGAAAACGAGACGUACAGCAGCCCAUGGCGCGCACACACACAUUUUUUUAAAAAAAAUAUAUCUAAUACAGCAACAACCUCAGCUCAGCCAUCACACAAGACCUCGCAGCAUUACAGCGAUUUAAUUAAUUUCGCCAAAAAAAUAAACUCAUCCGUAAACACUAAUGAUAUAACGUAAUGAUGUGCUGUGUGCAGCUCAAUUAUUUUGUUCGCUUGUGUUUUCACAUUUUAAAAGAGACAAUGCGUGCGCUGUGUGUGUGUGAGAGAGAGCGUCGGCGUUAUUUUGUAUGCGUCGUGUGCGAUGUGUGAUGUGCAACGCAUGGGGCACACGCACACGCACGCGCGCGCGCGCACGCACGCACGCGCGCUUACGGACCCGUAGGCGCGCGCCGUUCUAUACUGUAGGGAAUACGACAGCUUCCACACGGCAGUAGGUGCUAUACAAUAGGCAGUGGCGGGUUGACACGGGAGCACCGCAGAGAGAGAGAGAGAAGCAAAAAAGGGUCGGCGACCGCGAGAUAAAAACCUGCCUGCUGCCCUGCUGCCCAGAAUGAGCGGAGGGGUUUAUGGAGGAGACGAAGUGGGAGCGCUUGUGUUUGACAUCGGAUCGUACACGGUGCGUGCUGGAUAUGCCGGGGAGGAUUGUCCCAAGGCCGACUUCCCGACGGCGCUGGGCGUGGCGCUCGCCGAGCGCGAGGCAGACGGUGCCGCGGGACCGACCGACGGCGACGCCGCAACGCGCAAGGAGCGCGCCGCCGCCGCCGCGCGCACCUACUCCAUCGACACCAACGCCCUGCACGUGCCGCGGGAGGGCGUCGAGAUCUGCUCUCCGCUCAAGAACGGCAUGAUCGAGGACUGGGACAGCUUUCAGGCCAUCCUCGACCACACUUACCGACGGCACAUCAAGUCGGAGACGCCGCUGCAUCCCGUGCUCAUGUCCGAGGCUCCCUGGAACGCGCGGGGAAAGAGGGAGAAGCUCACGGAGAUCAUGUUUGAGCACUACAACAUCCCCGCCUUCUUCCUGUGCAAGACGGCCGUACUCUCCGCCUUCGCGAACGGGCGCUCCACGGGUUUGGUCCUAGACAGCGGAGCGACGCACACCACGGCCAUCCCCGUGCACGACGGAUACGUCCUGCAGCAGGGCAUCGUGAAGUCGCCGCUCGCCGGGGAUUUCAUCACCAUGCAGUGCCGCGAGCUCUUCCAGGAGACUGCCAUCGAGAUCACGCCGCCCUACCAGAUUGCCGCCAAGGAGCCGGUACGGGAGGGGGCGCCCCCCAACUGGAGGAAGAAGGAGAAGCUGCCGACCGUGAGCAAGUCCUGGCACACGUACAUGUGCAACGAGGUGAUCCAGGACUUCCAAGCGACGGUGCUCCAGGUUUCCGAUUCUCCCUACGACGAGCAGUCUGCCGCCCAGAUGCCGACCGUGCACUAUGAGUUCACCAACGGCUACAACUGCGACUUUGGGGCCGAGCGCCUCAAGAUUCCCGAGGGCCUCUUUGAUCCCUCCAACGUGAAGGGGCUGUCGGGGAACACGAUGCUCGGAGUGAGCCACGUGGUCACCACGAGCGUGGGAAUGUGCGACAUCGACAUCCGACCGGGUCUCUAUGGGAGUGUGAUCGUGUCGGGAGGGAACACUCUCCUGCAAGGAUUCACCGAUCGCCUCAACCGAGACCUCUCACAGAAAACGCCGCCGAGCAUGAGACUCAAGCUCAUUGCCAGCCCCAGCACGGUGGAGCGGCGUUUCAGCUCCUGGGUCGGAGGCUCCAUCCUCGCCUCGCUGGGCACGUUCCAGCAGAUGUGGAUUUCCAAGCAGGAGUACGAGGAGGGAGGGAAGCAGUGCGUGGAGAGGAAAUGCCCCUGAGCCGCCCGAUCAUUGCAUCGAGCGGCGCCAGGCGACGGCGCGUCCGCGCGUGCGUGCGCACGAGAGCCGCUUCCAACGGGGGCUCCUGCGUCAACUGUUCCGCGCGCGCGCGCGCGUUCUCUCGCGGUAUUUGACCGCCGGAGUUGGGACGGACGGACGGACGGGGCGAACGAGUGAGCGAGCGACCGCCGUGCACGGAACGCGCGUGCGGAUGGAGUCGACCGUGGCGGAGGGCGAUGCGGUGCGGCAAAAUCAGAAUGCCAUUGUUCUUUACUACACUAAACCCCCCGCCGCCAACCCAACUCAGACCCAGCGCUACGGUGGAUUUGAAUUGCCGACUGCAAAGUUGUUGACGAUGCAGCGGGGGGCUCGUGCAUUGCCUGGCAUUGGCAGUGGUGUUGUGCAAGCACAGGCUGACGAUACUUUAGGACCGUUGUGAUUAGACGAAGGCUCUGUAUUGUGGUGGUGGUGCUGGUUAGGGUUGGUUAGUGGAGUGCCCUAAGUUGAAAUUUACCUUUGGCCGGUGUCCGCCCACCCCCUCCCUACCCACCCCUCCCCCGUCUCCAACUUAUAAGCUCAUAAGUGAGAUGACAGAAGAGAUAUAGAGAGGGAUUAGAGAUUACUUAGCUAUGUAAAUGUUAAUUAGAUGUGUUGAAUAGGAUUUGAAUUUGACAUUUGGUUGGACCCCUGUUUUUUUAUGAAUCCAGCUCCCUUGAGCUGAUUAAAACCCGAAGCUCCACGGUAUCGGCUCAGGGGACUGAUACCAUGUCAGAGCACUGCUGGUUGAAUCCAGGUUUCACCGGCCCAUGAUUAAAUUGGGCUCCUAAGUGAAGCGUUAUUGAUGAUGGCCUAAGCCUCGUACCUGAUCACUGCACGCAAAAAAAACGCCUUCACAUUUCAUUUGGUAUCAUCUCCAUAGCAUGGAGUGUGGGAGAGUUAAGCACUUGAAGGUGGUCUCAGUAGUAGCUCUGUAAUGUCGCCUUCCACAGGGCAUUCUCUAAUAAUGCUCUUCAAGAUCUCUGAAUGGAGAGUUCAUCUCCUUCCAUGAUGCCAAUGGCCCAGUACCUGGGAAGAGAACUUGGGGGAAAGACAGAAAAAAGUGUUAAGGCAGUGUUUGUUCAUGAUGGUGGUUCUAAAGUGUGAAUACGUGUGCAGGGUGGAAGUUGUUCAAUGGACUUAGCCACAGGAUCAUCAGUAAGUAUUUUUACAUUACCGAUCUUAUUGUCGUAAGUUACAAAUGUGUUGUGAGAAAAAUCUUAAUGUCUGGAAAGAGGAUUUCUGCAGUUCAGACUGCACUGAAUUCAACCAAACCAGCUCAGAGGUCAAAUAUCCAGGCCUGUGAUCAAACCAGGUUCUCAAAUAUUGUGUUGAUUGCCUAAACCUUGGUCACACAAAAAAAAACCUCGUUCAAUUUGCUUCCACACUUGGUUACAUUUUAUUUCUGAACGUUUACUCUCAUAAUGGGUUGUAAGGUGCUGCCCACUAAUUUGUGUUCGAGAGGUCACUUGAAGGGAUCCCAGUAGUUUUGUGAUGUUCGCUUUCAUCGGCCAUUCUCUACCACAGAGGGUCCCCACUGCUCCGUGAGAGGUCUCAAUCGACACCGUUUCACGGCGGAACGCCGGUAAUCAAAUUCGGGAUAACAUUUAGGGCAGAGCUUUUGUUUUUCGACCAAAUCGCCCUAAAUGCGCUCGAAUCGUUUCAGAAUUGAGAAGCGCAUAAGGGUUGGUGCCCGGUUAGCGCUUGGAUGGGUAGCUGCCAAGGCUUUGCCAGGUGUUGUAGGAGUGUGGCUGGCUUACUAGGGGUGCUCCAAUUUCCUCCCACACGAAGCCCAACUCUCAGUGAUGGGAAAAGCCAAACAUCCCUAAUGUGGCAGGACCCUCCUGAAAAUGCCUUGAUGAUCACUUAAGCCUUCUCAGGCAUCACCAUAGUAUUUAAAAAGACAUAACAAGGGACUAAUUUCAGACAUUAUAAGAAACGGGCAAGGGCUCUCCAGAGAAGUAAAAAUUGCUUCAAAGGCAUGGUGGUUUAAAAGGCACGUUGGUUUAAAGUGAUAUUGUAUACAAACUCGUUGUGUUGCCAUGGCGCAUUACGGGUAAAACCAGUAUUAGCAGAACUCCAUUCUUUACAGUAUUGCUUUUUGUUGGACACGGUCCCCCUAGUUUAUAUGGAGUGCUCCUGCCAAUGACAUUUGGUAAUUCAGCAGCAUUUGUUUAACCCUGAACUGCUGACGAGACUGAAGGUUAAAGACCAGUUAUGAAUUUGCUUUCUGAAAAAGAUCUAUUCGAUAUUGGUCUGGAAAAGCAAAAGGCUGACCGACAAGUAUUGUGGGUACACAGAACGCGAGUUCAGUUUUGUGCUGGAGUUAAGGUGGAAGCAAGCAAGCGCCUUCCCUCUUGAGGACACAAUUCACGUUACUUCCUGGCCAAACAGACAGGCCAAUGGCAUUACUCAAAGAGUUUUACAGACUCGCACAUGCAGCGUGCGUCGUGUGGCAGCAGCAGCAGCAGCAGGGGCAGCGACGGUGGCUCGGUGGAGAUAAAUGUUGACCGUUUUGUAAAGUUAUUUCGUUACGUAAAAAUGAUGGUGCUUAAUUGUCGUCGAGAAGCUUACCUUGAUGUGAUCAAAGUUAACCGAAAGCGGACGCCACACGUUUUACGUGGCAGUGCAUGUUCCAGUCGUGUACUCUUGGCGAGCGUGGUUGGUUGCGUGUCAGUGAAGUGAUUAAACAGACUCCAAACAGAACA